AUGAACUCCGAAGAGCAAUUUGAAUUGAUCACAAGAGGAUUGCAAGAAGUUUUGAACCCUCAGAUCAUUAAAGAUGUUUUAGAAAAGGAAAAGAGACCACUCAAAGUGUACUGGGGAACGGCUCCAACAGGUAAACCCCAUUGUGGGUAUUUCGUUCCUAUGGUUAAGUUGGGUCACUUUUUAAAAGCUGGAUGUGAAGUGACUGUUUUGGUUGCGGAUUUGCAUGCUUAUUUGGACAACAUGAAGGCACCAUUGGAAGUUGUUCAACACCGUGCCAAGUACUACGAGAUGGUGAUAAAGGCCAUCUUGAAGUCAAUCAACGUCCCAAUUGACAAGUUGAAGUUUGUCGUCGGGUCAUCUUACCAACUUAAUGGAGACUACACGAUGGACAUUUUCAAGUUGUCCAAUAAGGUUUCUCAAAAUGAUGCUAAGAGAGCCGGUGCAGACGUCGUAAAACAGGUCGCCAACCCUCUUCUUUCAGGACUCAUUUACCCCUUGAUGCAAGCUCUCGAUGAGCAUUACCUCGAUGUUGAUGCUCAAUUUGGAGGAGUCGAUCAGAGGAAGAUUUUCGUGCUUGCAGAGGAGAACUUGAGCGGCAUAGGCUACAAAAAGAGAGCGCACUUGAUGAACCCUAUGGUGCCUGGUCUAGGGCAAGGUGGUAAGAUGAGCGCGUCAGAUCCAAACUCCAAGAUUGAUAUCAUCGAAGAGCCAAAAGUGGUAAAGAAAAAGAUAGGCGCUGCAUUCUGUGCCCCUGGUGACGUAGACAAUGGUUUAAUCGCUUUUGUUCAAAAUGUGAUUCAGCCAAUUCACGAGCUCAAAACCGGAGUUACUGGAUCUUUUGAGUUCUUCGUCGAUAGACCUGAAAAAUACGGUGGUCCCAUCCAAUACGACAGUUUGAAUUCAUUGAAGAAUGCUUUCAUCAGCGGCGAGCUUUCUCCUGUCGAUUUGAAGACAGGUGUCAGUGACAAGAUAAACGAAUUGCUCAAGCCCAUUAGAGAAGAAUAUGACUCUAAUGUUGAGUUCCAGAAGGCUGCUGCAGACGGAUACCCCGUUGAGGUGAAAGAGAAGAAGGUCAAGAAAGUCAAAAAUAAAGGCAGCAGAUACCCAGGUAGUCUGAAGGAUGCCUCCGUUGCUGACAAAAAGUUGUCAGCAUUGAUCAAAAGAAACUCGCUCUACGUUGCAACUAUUUUCGGAGGAGCUUUUGCUUUCCAAGCUUUCUUCGACUCCGCUGUGACUAGAUGGUACGAAAACCACAACAAGGGCAAGUUGUGGAAAGACGUCAAGACAAAGUUCCUUGAGGGCGGUGACGAUGACGAAGACGACGAGUAA